CAUACAUUUCUUCUGGUUCUCUACGUCUACAGUUUGGUUGUGUGCCAGUUCAAAAAGAAUUUCAAAAUUUUUGCCAUCAGGAAAAAAGUUAAAAUGUCGGACAAGCCUAAGCGUCCAAUGUCAGCUUACAUGCUGUGGCUCAACAGUGCAAGAGAAAAGAUAAAGGCCGAUAAUCCUGGCCUAAAAGUUACGGAAAUUGCCAAAAAAGGUGGUGAAAUAUGGAGAUCAAUGAAAGAUAAGAGUGUUUGGGAAGAAAAAGCAGCAGAAGCAAAAGAACAGUACACAAAAGAUUUAGAGUCAUAUAAUGCAAAUGGUGGUGGUGGUGAGGGAGGUGGCAAGAAGGCCCAAAAGAGAGGGAAAAAAGGCAAGAAAGCAUCGGCACCUGCUAAGGCCAAGAAGAAGAAGGAUGAGUCUGAGGAGGAAGAGGGUGAUGAGGAAGAAGAGGAAGAAAGCGAAUGAUCUCCCAACCUACAAAAUAAUUCUGUUCAUAUUGAAUAAUUUACUUGGACUUAAUUUAUUACAAAGUUAAAAUGGACUGACUUUCCAAAGUCUGUAACUGCAGUUCACUUUUUUUUUCUAUCCUGAUAUACAUUUUGAUUUUUAACUUUUAAUUGGAUGCAAUUUAUAGUGAAAACCAUUAAUUUGGUCUUAAUGAAGUUGUUGAAUUUUUUCUGUGUUAUUAUUAUACUUCAUAAUAUUGUAGUAUUUAGUGGUAAUAGUUGUAAGAUGACUGCAGAAUUUGGAAAGUUUCACCACAGGCUAGGUUCUAGGUUUCCAAGCCUCGAAAAAAAAUAAUGUUUAAGUGUUAGCAUGUAUACACCAGGGAAUUGUACAGUUAGCCCUCCCUCGUUAAGUUCGCUGUGACUACUGGAUGCUCACAUUUGUGAUGUACGAUUUGGUUUUAUCAAAACUUGUAUGUCUGCAACUCCCAAUUCUGCUCUAUAUUGUAUUAAAGCUGUGCUUUGAUUUUAAUAUGCCAUACUUAAUAAUGUUUUGUGAAUCCACAUGGCAUAACAGUUUUGGUCAAACUACCAAUAUGUAAAAUUAGAGACUAUUCAAUUAUGACUUAAUGUUAGUUAAACCUACCUCUUCUCACUGUAAAUUGCAUUAUGACAACAAUACCAAACUUAGCUAAGAACCGAUGACGCUUGACUGCGUCUUGUGUCGAACGAUUAAGUAAUUUAGGAAAUUGAUGUGUAUGUUGUAUUUUUAGUUAAAUUAGGUAGGUUUUCGAUGUGAUUUGUCUCUCAAAUUUUACAUUUGUGUUAUUUGUAAAUGAGAAUUAGCAUUCCUCAUGUCAAUACGGAUUUUACAUGUUCAAUAAAGUAAUUUCAUA